UUGACGCUGCUGACAGUCGCUCUUGUCGAGCCUGGGGACGGUGGAAGGUCAGUGGAUCCAGGGAAUCUGUCUAAUAGGAGCUUCUUCUCUGCCGUCCUCAGUGUCCAAACUUGAGGGAGAAUUCUGCGAUUAUAAAACAAACUGAGAGAUCCUGCACUACAGCUUUUGUUCCCAACUUCUUCUCCCUAAACAGGUUCCCUUCACUGACGAGGACACCAAAUAGUGGGGAAACGGUUUUUGUACUGUUUAUUUUUAUUUUUAAAGGUGAAGUGAUGUUGCAUAUGGCUUUUGCAGUAUUCUAGUCUACUUUUUUCACAUUGUCGGCGUGAAACAUCCUGCAUCUGCUAUCGCCCUGGCAACCAGACCUCCUCUCCAUCAUUCUCCAGCGCUUCAUCCUUCACCAUCAGCUGCAGCCUCCGAGAGAAAUCAGAACCUGCUUUUGACGCUCGUCCUUCAAGUGGAAGCAGAUUGUUUUCUUUACAGGUGGCACUUCAUAUCUAUUUUUCCAUUAUAUAUACAUAUAUAUAUAUAUAUAUGUAUAUAUAAAUUUUUUUAACUAGCAAGGUUCAUGUGUCGGAGAAGUCUUUUCUCUCAGCAUCAAAAUGCCUGUGAGACGCGGUCAUGUUGCGCUCCAGAACACCUACCUGGACACUAUCAUCAGGAAAUUCGACGAGCAAAAUCGCAAGUUUCUGAUUGCCAACGCCCAGAUGAAGAACUGUGGCAUCAUCUACUGCAACGAAGGUUUCUGCCAGAUGUUUGGUUUCGCCAGGGCGGAGAUCAUGCAGCAGCCUUGUACCUGCCAGUUCUUGGUGGGGCCUGGCACCAUGAAGAGCGCCCUGGCCCAGCUGGCACAGGCCCUGCUUGGCUCAGAGGAGCGCAAGGUGGAGAUCCUCUACUACGCUAAGGAAGGGACCUGCAGACCGUGCCUGGUGGAUAUUGUCCCUGUAAAAAACGAGGAAGGCAAUGUCAUCAUGUUCAUCCUCGACUUUCAGGAGCUGAUUGAUCGUUCUGUUAAGAAGUCAGGCCUCAGGCAGAGAGUCGCCCAAGGAUGGAUUUACUGUCAGAAUCGCAGGUUGAAGAUGAGGCUGCCGGUGCUGCGGUCCAUGCGACGACAUUCACUUUCCAAAGAUCAGUUUGAAGGAGUGGUAGUGGACUACCUGCAGCCAAACAGCGAGGAAGUCCCUCUCAAAGAGUUUCGGAUCCCGUCCAAGGAGAGCUGCAUGCAGUCUGAGACAGAAGCUCUGAUAGAACAAGACCUGGAUCCUCCCUCCCCUGUAGCCCAGUCCUCCACCAAGCAGCGCUCCCUGCUGACAGACCGGCUGGACCCCAGCAUCGCCUUCCCCAGGGGGACGUUACCUCGGAGCUGUUCUCGAGACAGUGUCCGCAGCCUCCGACGCGCCUCAUCACUGGACGACAUUGAUGGCAUCAGGGCGGAAUGGAACAGUCGACCUGGAGACCACCGAACCAACAGCAAUCUGAAGCCCAGCGCUCUGAAUUCCACGUCAGACUCAGACCUCAUGAGACAUAGGACUAUCGGCCGCAUUCCUCAGGUUACUCUCACCUUCGGCUCGGACCGGAUGAGACCUCCUUCGCCCACAGAGAUUGAAAUCAUUGCACCCAGCAAGAUAAAAGACCGAACCCAGAACGUCACAGAGAAGGUCACUCAGGUCACACAGAAAGUUAUGCAGGAGAGGAGAUGGCCAUUACACAGCAGGAAGGUAGGGCUGCUGAGGGUUUGGAGGAGCCUCCUCCUCUGCUGCUGUGGUCGACACCAGGAUGAGAGCGUGGACAUGGAGGCUCUAAUUGUCAUACCGGUGUUGUCCCUUGGUGCUGACGUGCUGCCAGAGUACAAGCUCCAGGCCCCACGCAUCCACAAAUGGACCAUCCUUCACUAUAGCCCUUUCAAAGCCGUAUGGGACUGGGUCAUCCUGCUGCUGGUCAUCUACACCGCCAUCUUUACACCCUACUCGGCCGCCUUCCUUCUCAACGAGGUGGAGGAAGAGCGGAGGAGAACCUGCGGCUACACCUGCAACCCGCUCAACGUGGUGGACCUGGUGGUGGAUGUCAUGUUCAUCGUGGACAUCCUCAUCAACUUCAGGACCACCUACGUCAACCACAACGACGAGGUGGUCAGCCACCCUGGACGCAUCGCACAGCACUACUUCAAGGGCUGGUUCCUCAUCGACAUCGUGGCUGCCAUCCCCUUUGAUCUGCUCAUAUUCCGCUCCGGGUCUGAGGAGCCUCAGACAACCACUCUGAUUGGAUUGCUGAAAACAGCCAGACUGCUGAGGUUGGUACGAGUGGCCAGGAAGUUGGACCGUUACUCAGAAUAUGGAGCUGCUGUCCUUUUCCUCCUCAUGUGCACCUUUGCCCUUAUUGCUCACUGGCUUGCCUGUAUCUGGUAUGCCAUUGGCAACGUGGAGCGCACAGGCUCUGCCCGCAUCGGAGGCAUGAAGAUCGGCUGGCUGGACAACUUGGCUGACCAGAUUGGUAAACAGUACAAUGACAGUGACGCAGCCUCUGGCCCUUCCAUCAAGGACAAGUAUGUCACAGCCCUGUACUUCACCUUCAGCAGCCUGACCAGUGUGGGUUUUGGGAACGUUUCACCUAACACCAACCCAGAGAAGAUCUUCUCCAUCUGUGUCAUGCUCAUUGGCUCUCUGAUGUACGCCAGUAUCUUUGGUAAUGUGUCGGCCAUCAUCCAGAGACUGUACUCAGGCACAGCCCGUUACCACACCCAGAUGCUGCGGGUCAAAGAGUUCAUCCGUUUCCACCAGAUCCCAGGAGGCCUGAGACAGAGGCUGGAGGAGUAUUUCCAACAUGCUUGGUCCUACACCAACGGCAUCGACAUGAACGCUGUUUUAAAGGGUUUCCCUGAGUGUCUGCAGGCUGACAUCUGCCUCCAUUUGAACCGCAGCUUGCUGCAGAACUGCAAAGCUUUUCGAGGUGCCAACAAAGGCUGCCUGCGGGCUCUAGCCAUGAGAUUCAAGACCACCCACGCUCCACCGGGUGACACGCUGGUCCACAGUGGGGACAUUCUCACCGCCCUCUACUUCAUUUCCAGAGGCUCUAUAGAAAUCCUCAGGGACAAUGUGGUGGUGGCCAUACUAGGAAAGAACGACAUCUUUGGUGAACCCAUCAGUCUGUAUGGGAGGCCAGGUAAAUCCAGUGCUGAUGUCAGGGCUUUGACGUACUGCGACCUUCACAAGAUCCUGAGAGACGACUUGCUGGAAGUGCUGGACAUGUAUCCUGACUUCUCUGACAUGUUCUGGAACAACUUGGAGAUCACCUUCAACCUGAGAGAUGCAGAUAGAAUAAACCAGCCAACCCCAACCUCUGAAUGUGGCUACCGCCGGACAAGGCAUCGGAGAAGCUCCCUGCGUCGUCGAAACCGACCAGACGGGAUGGACCGUGAGGACUCUUACCCCAAUCAGUCCUGUCCGAUUGCAAACCACCACCGGGGCACGAUGGCAGGACGCCACUGGGAAGACCUCUGCAGCAGCGCUAGUAUCUGUUCACAGUCUAGUGAUGAAGAGAUGAAGCCCAUGGGACACAGUAAGGGGGAGCUGUACCCCCCUGGGGGUGACACCAGAGACUAUCCCCCAGCAGUGGUCAACCUCCUGCCUCACAGUGGACCUUCAGCUGGGAUGGGACCACCUGUAGACCUUGGAGGACCACCAUACUCAGCAGCAGCCCCUAUUAGCAUGUCAGGCCUGUAUGGCUACUGGCCAGACCGCAGAGCCAGUCAGUUUUCAGAGAGCCAGAGACAACCGUCCUCAGUCAGGGCCAGUUUCCACCCUCCACCCUGCACUGAGGAUCGGCCCAGUGAGCUGGAGUCCAGACUGGAGCUUCUGCAGUCCCAGUUAAACCGGCUCGAGACCCGUAUGACAGCAGACAUCAAUGUGAUCCUGCAGCUCCUACAGAGGCAGAUGGCCCCGGUGCCUCCAGCCUACAGCGCUGUGUCCCCCAGCCCUCACCCGCCUCACCCGCCACACGCCACCAACCUGUACAGCACGGGACCACCCACAAUCCACACUGUCCCUCCAAUCCAGCCAGUACAGAUCGACAGCUCUGCCUCACUCCUACAGAGUCCAGACUCUGACUCCAAGCACAAAUCCAAGGACUCCCUGUCCAGCGGGAUCCAUCUCACCGUGGCCUCUGAUGACACCGUGUCCAUGUCACCGGAGGCUGACCCACCACAUCUGCCCUCUGUGUACCUCAAUCCACCUAAAUUGUUAGGGGCCCAAGAGCCUCCUGGACUGCUAUGUAGCAGCCAGCGCUUCCCCUCCCUCCCUGAGCACCUGGAGACCUCCACAGAGAUGCAGGAGAUCCAGAGGCAUGUCUCUGACCCUGUCUUGCCAGGCAGCUAGAACACCAAUCACCAACACCACCCAAAAGCCUGGUCCUUUGGACAGGACAGCCAUAUGUUCCCCGCCCUGUUACUUCCUUUUUCCUCCCUUCAAAACCUCCUCUGUCCUGUUCAGAUGCUGCUGUAGAGGUUGGGAUGCCUUGCCUUCGACGUCACUGAGGGUUCAGAGUGCCUCCUGUUUCUUACAUACAGAGUCUAAUGGCGCCCUCACAGGCUACUGUGGUUUUGUGCUCCAGCGUCCCUUCACACCCGAGGUCCUGUGCAAUGAAGAGAUUAUUCCUGCCCAGCAGGGUGGGAAGACUGUGAAAAUUUUGUUGACAGCAAACACAUACAUACAUACGCAUACAUGCGUCAUGCUGUCGUUGGAUCUGAAAGCUACACAAUCUGCAUCCCAGGCCAAGGUUUCCUUGAACAGAGGUGAAAUGUCAAGGACUACUAAUAUGUUUCACAUUAUCUACAUUCACUUUGUAUAACAAUUGCACAUUUAGACUUGAGGAAAAUGUAAUCAUUUACUUGGAACUGAAAUUAUUUUCCUAAUAUUAGAGAUGUAUUGGCUAUAUUAAGAAUGAUACAUCUAGUAAAUGUAAUAACUAUGAGUGUUAUAAGUUAGAGACUCACUAUUGCUGUUUUGGUGUAUGUUGAAAUAAUAUCAAAAGGCAUACCAUAGCUGUCUGGCACACUGUGAAGGAUGGUGGUGCAAUGGAUGUAAUUUUCAUCUCAUGUUUCAUGUUCUGACUUUUUGACAUGAAUCAACAGUACUUGUUAAACGUGUCAUUUGAUCAGGAGAAGGUAUUAUAAUGUACUCGAUCAAGCAGAGCAGAAAAACGUUAUAGUUUAUUGUACAUUUACACAUAGCUCUUACAGUUUUGUUUUGAUCAUGACUGCUUUGCUUGGUUUCCCCUGUUUCUGUGUCUGUAUAUCUGCGCUGUUCAACUCAAACAUGUGUCAACUACUUUUGCAAAGUGGCAUGGUCACAUGGUUUCAACAUCAGAAGACUUGUUCUCCUGAUCAUUUUGAUUCACAGAGGAUAGACUUUGAUACUUAGGUAAAAAUUGCAGAAGGUUGUUUUAUGUCAACGGAGUGACAAGUGAAGUGGAUGGUAACUGUCAAUCACAGACAGACGCAGAGGCGUCGUCUCAAGGCGUCCUUUGUUACAACGAUUUCACAGUUCCAACCACAGGUGAAUGUAAUGACUUUUUAAACAUUUCUAAUUCUGUAUGUUUCUUGAAGCACAAAUUCCUGUUACUUAUCUUUUUUUAGAUUAAAGACACUGCAGAGUUACACUGGGAGUUCAAAAUGCUUUUCUCUUUCAGAUUACUCAGCAAAGCACUGGGAUACUAACUGCAACACCACAUGUAAUGUCACAGAAGAAACAUUCAGCACUAUGUGACAGUUGACUAAACUCUGCAAGUGUACACUGCAACUGCAAGUCUGAUUCAACUGAUGGACUUUCUUGGGUGACUGAGAAUGUAUUUAAUGAUGGAAAUGCAGAGUUAAACCAGGAUGGGGUGUGACAUGUUAAGCAGCUGCAUUUGAUGCGGGUUGAAGGAUGAACAAACUUGAAUGACACUGUCAAGAUGGUGGUGAUGAGGAAUGACUUCUAUACAGUGGUGGAAAUUAACUUAAAAAGAUUUACUCAAUCACUGUGCUUUAAUACAUUUCUGAGAUAUGUAAA